UAUGGCAGCAGGGAGUGCCUAGGACCACCCCCCCGGGCUGGAGGAGGAUGGGAGGGGGGAGCUGGCUCCAUUCCUCCCUCCCCCCCACUCCAGCCAGGCACCGCCCCCCAGAGCCAGCUGCAUCGGCAGGGCGGCAUGGCCGGGCAGGGGGGGCCGCAGCGGGGUGCCCAGGCCGGGGGCAGAACUGGUCCAGGCGGCUGAGUCUGGGGGGAGUAGGGACCCCCUAGAGCCCCCCAAGGCCCCUCCCUUCCCCCCCUUACCCCCGGGCAGCUAGAUCGGUGCCAGGCUGGUGCGGGCGCCGCAGCGCCGGAGCCGCCCCCCCCCCUCCACCCCCCAGUGCCAGUCAUGGACGACUCAGGCAUCAUCCGGAGGCGGCGGCUGCAGAAAGACCUGCCCUUGCCCCGGAAAAGCAGCAGCUGCCGAACCAGCAACCGGAAGAGCUUGAUCCUGACGUCCACAUCGCCCACCCUGCCUCGUCCCCAUUCGCCUCUGCCUGGACACCUCGGCAGCAGCCCCCUGGACAGUCCCCGCACCUUCUCGCCCAGUGCGCCUGCCCACUUCUCCUUUGCCUCCUCCCGCAGGGCUGAUGGACGCCGCUGGUCGCUGGCCUCACUGCCCUCCUCUGGCUAUGGCACCAACACACCCAGCUCCACAGUCUCCUCGUCGUGCUCAUCCCAGGAGCGUCUGCACCAGCUGCCAUUCCAACCCACCCUGGACGAGCUGCAUUUCCUGUCUAAGCACUUCGGCAGCUCCGAGAGCAUCACUGAUGAUGAUGGCGGUGGGUGUCGUUCCCCGGCCGUGCGCCCCCGCUCCCGCAGCCUCAGCCCUGGGCGGUCGCCUUCGUCCUAUGAUAACGAGAUAGUGAUGAUGAACCAUGUGUACAAGGAGCGCUUCCCCAAGGCUACGGCGCAGAUGGAGGAGAAGCUGCGGGAGCUGGUGGGCGCAGUGGGAACAGGGGGCCCAGAGCCACUGGCUGAUGGUGCCCUCAGCUUCAUCCAGCACCAGGUGCUGGAGCUGGCCCGUGACUGCCUGGCCAAGGCCCGUGGUGGCCUCAUCACCUCAGCCUACUUCCAUGAGCUGCAGGGCAAUGUGGAGACCCUGUUGCAGGAUGCCUAUGAGCGGUCUCAGAGUGAGGAAGUGGCCCAGGUGACACAGCUGGUGAAGAAGCUGCUGAUCAUCAUCUCCCGCCCAGCCCGGCUGCUUGAGUGCUUGGAGUUCAACCCCGAGGAGUUUUACCACCUGCUGGAGGCAGCUGAAGAUCAUGCCAAGGAAGGACACCUGGUCAAGACUGACAUCCCACGCUACAUCAUCAGCCAGCUUGGCCUCACCCGUGACCCCUUCCCAGACGUAGUUCACCUGGAGGAGCAGGACAGUGGUGGCUCCAACACACCGGAGACAGAUGACUUGGCUGAGAGCCGGGGGUCACUGAGGCCCAAGAAGCCACCUGGGGAAGGAGAUUUCGAGACCAUCAAACUCAUCAGCAAUGGGGCCUAUGGGGCUGUGUACCUGGUGCGGCACAAGGAGACACGGCAGCGCUUUGCCAUGAAGAAGAUCAACAAGCAGAACCUGCUGCUGCGCAACCAGAUGCGGCAGGCAUUUGUGGAGCGUGACAUCCUCACCUUCGCCCAGAACCCCUUUGUGGUUGGCAUGUUCUGCUCUUUCGACACCCGCCGCCACCUCUGCAUGGUCAUGGAGUAUGUGGAAGGCGGGGACUGUGCCACGCUGCUGAAGAACAUAGGGGCACUGCCAGUGGAGCUGGCCCGGCUGUACUUUGCUGAGACUGUGCUGGCCCUUGAGUACCUACACAACUACGGCAUCGUGCACCGUGACCUCAAACCUGACAACCUGCUCAUCACCUCCAUGGGGCACAUCAAGCUUACGGACUUCGGGCUGUCCAAGAUGGGGCUGAUGAGCCUCACAACCAACUUGUAUGAGGGCCAUGUGGAGAAGGAUGCCCGCGAAUUCCUCGACAAGCAGGUGUGUGGAACACCUGAGUACAUCGCACCUGAGGUGAUCCUGCGCCAAGGCUAUGGGAAACCAGUGGACUGGUGGGCCAUGGGCAUCGUGCUCUACGAGUUCCUGGUGGGCUGCGUGCCAUUCUUUGGGGACACCCCUGAGGAGCUCUUCGGCCAGGUCAUCACUGACGACAUCCUGUGGCCCGAGGGGGAUGAGGCGCUGCCCCCCGACGCCCAGCACCUCAUCUCCUCCCUGCUGCAGACCAACCCGCUGCUGCGCCUUGGUGCCGGUGGGGCCUUUGAGGUGAAGCAGCAUGCCUUCUUCAAGGACCUGGACUGGACAGGGCUGCUGCGGCAGAAGGCCGAGUUCAUUCCCCACCUUGAGUCCGAGGAGGACACCAGCUACUUUGACACGCGUUCAGAUCGCUACCAUCAUGUGAAUUCAUAUGAUGAAGAUGACACAACAGAGGAUGAGCCCGUGGAGAUCCGGCACUUCUCAUCCUGUUCCCCCCGCUUCAGCAAGGUGUACAGCAGCAUGGAGCACCUGUCUCAGCACGAGCCCAAGGGUCCAGGCACAGCUGGGAGUGGCAAAGGCCGGGACGAGCGGGGGCGGCGCGAGGGACUGGGGCUGCCCCGUGACCGUGGCUGGCGCACAGGGUCCCCUGAGAUGAAGCGUCUCUCAGCCUCGGAGUCUUCGUUUGGGGAGAGUGACUCGAGCCCUCCCCUGGGUGCCCGACGGCGCUUCUCAGCCCUGCUGGAGCCUGGCCGUGGCCCCCCCGGCCCUGAAGAGCCUGAGGCCCGGCCCCGCGGCCCCCCCGGCUCUCGCAGCACCACCAGUGGUAGCCCUGGGCCCAGCCCUGCUGCUUCCCCGCCUGCCGAAGCCCACGAGACUCCUGCCCCCGACAGCCAUGCAGGAGACAUGAUCAAGGGGGCUGAAGCAGGGAGUGCAGAAGGGCAGGGCCCACGGGCUACGGACCUGGUGCUGCGCCGUGCCCGGCAUCCCCCUCUCACCGGUGAUGCUGCCCCUGAGAAGCGCAGCCCUCGCACACCUGGCAAGGUCAUCAAGUCGGCUUCGGCCACUGCCCUGUCUGUCAUGAUCCCCGCAGUGGAGCCACAUGGCAGCUCGCCACUGGCCAGCCCCAUGUCACCACGGUCGCUAUCAUCCAACCCAUCAUCGCGGGACUCAUCGCCUAGCCGGGACCUGUCGCCAGCUGUUACUUGCCUGCGCUCGCCCAUCACCAUCCAGCGUGCAGGCAAGCAGUAUGGUUUCACACUGCGCGCCAUCCGUGUCUACAUGGGUGACAGCGACGUCUACAGCGUGCACCAUGUCGUCUGGCAUGUGGAGGAGGGGGGUCCGGCCCACGAGGCAGGCCUGUGUGCAGGUGACCUCAUCACCCAUGUCAACGGGGAGCCUGUGCAUGGGCUGGUGCACACCGAGGUUGUGGAGCUCAUCCUCAAGAGUGGGAACAAGGUGAUGGUGACCACAACGCCCUUCGAGAACACGUCCAUCCGUGUGGGACCGGCCCGGAAAAGCAGCUACAAGGCCAAGAUGGCACGGAGGAACCGGCGCAGCACCAGCAAGGAGGGGCAGGACAGCAAGAAGCGCAGCUCGCUCUUCCGGAAGAUCACCAAGCAGGCCAACCUGCUGCACACCAGCCGAUCACUGUCCUCCCUCAGCCGUUCACUUUCGUCCAGUGACAGCCUGCCUGGCUCACCCACCCAUGGCCUGGGUGCCCGCUCGCCCACCCAGAGCUACCGUGCUGCCCCCGACCCUGCCUACCUUGGUGCCUCAUCCCAGAGCAGCUCCCCAGCCUCGAGCACACCAAACUCUCCAGCUGGCGCCUCACACCACAUGCGGCCCAGCACCCUGCAUGGGCUGUCACCCAAGCUACACCGGCAGUACCGAUCGGCCCGCUGCAAGUCGGCCGGCAACAUCCCGCUCUCACCUUUGGCCCACACGCCCUCACCCACACAGGCCUCUCCACCCCCGCUGCCUGGGCAUAGCGUGGGCAGUUCCCACACCACACAGAGCUUCCCUGCCAAGCUCCACGCUUCCCCCCCUGUGGCCCGGGCCCGGCCCAAGAGCGCUGAGCCACCCCGCUCACCCCUGCUCAAGCGGGUGCAGUCAGCUGAGAAGCUGGGGCCUGACAAGAAGGCAGCGCUGAGGAAGCUCAGCCUGGAGGGCACCCAUGCUGACUACCGCAAGGACUUCCAUCCACCUGAGCCCGGCCUGCACAGCCUGGCUGAGGCUGAGGGCGAGAGUCCUGGUGAUGGAGCUGCCCGGCAGGCCGGGACCCGGCGCCCAGGUCGCCAAGAGGAUCAAGCCAGCACCAUGGAGGCCAGUAUCACCAUGGAGACCCCAGCUGGCACCAAGGAGGCUUCAACAAACUCCCAGGAAGGCUCCAGCAUUGCCACGGAGACCCUGGCUGGUGCCAAGGAGGCUUUGGCCUACUCCCAGGAUGGCUCUGGCAUCACCACGGAGAUCCCAGCCAGAGCCAAGGAGGCUUCAGCCUACCUCCAGGAAGGCCCAGUUGUUGCCAAGGAGACCCCCAUCAUCGCCAAGGAGCCCCAAGUCAUUGCCAAGGAGCCCCCAGCCACUGUUAGAGAGCCCAUUAACAAGGAGACCUUGGCCAUAGCUAAGGAAGCUCUAGCCUACACCAAGGAUGGCCCGGUCCUCACCAAGGGGACCCUUGGCAAUGUAAAGGAUGGCUUGGCCCUGACCAAGGAGGUUCUGGCCUAUACCAAGCAAGGCCUGGCCAUUACCAUGGGGCAGGGAGCCAUCACCCAUAGCAGGGAGCAUCCAGGUCAUGUCAGGGAGCCUCUAGGUCACAUCAAGGAGGCCCCAUGUCAUCCCAAGGAGCCUCCAGGCCAUGUCAAGGAUGCCUUGCCAGCCUGCUUGGAGGUUCUCAGUGCCCCCCGUGAGCUCUCUGGUGGCAUUUGGAGACCCCAGGGGCUCCAGACAGAUGAGGCCUUUACCACCCCAGCUCGGGCACCCACCAAAGCACUGAGCCCAGUGCAGGAGCAUGAGCAGGGCCAGCGGGGGGUGGCGGAGGGGCCUCCACCCAUUGUGGUGGAGCCCUGGGGGGCCCCUGAGCCCCCUGUCAUCCCAGAGCAGUGGCUAGUGGAGGUGGUGGAGGAGCACACAACCCUGGGGUCCCGGGCCAAGCCCCCCAAAUGCCUCUGUACUGACGGGGCCAAGAAUGGGCUGGGCCUCCCACGCAGGACCCCAGCAGAGAGGGAGGGGCAGGGUCCCCCUGAGCCCAAUCGGCCCCUUCCCACUCCCCUGGAGAAGAAAGGGGUAUGGCACUAAGGGGGAGCCUCUUGUGGGGGCACAUGCCCCCCCACACAUUUGUCCAUGCUACUGGGACACUGGCCAGAGUGGGGAGACCCUAAGCGUGGGGGAACACAUUAGGAUCCUCACCCUUUCCACCCUUCCUGUUGUCAAGGGGGGAGGAGCCCCCCCAACUAUCCAAGCUCCCUGUCAAUGGGGAGAAGGUGUGGAGGAGACCCCUGGAUCCCUGUGUGGUCCAAUGGCUCCACCCCCUCCGCAAAUGGCAUGUCCUGUGUGUGUUAGGCCUUGUAAAGUACCUAUACAUAUAUAAAUAUCUGGUAUACAUAUAUAAAUAUAUAUGAGACAAUACCCUAUCCACUAAUGGAGCUAUACUGUGAUCACCCCCCUGCCCCAACACCCCAUGGGGGCUGCAGUCACAAACCUAGCCUCUCCGACACCCUAGUGCCCCAAAGUUGCCCCAGUCCCCAGAUCUCAUGGACAGGUGGCAGGGUAAGAGGUAGCUGCAGCUCGAGCCUUUGGGGAAUGGAGGGGGGUUAAAGUUGGGGGACAGGUGGUCAUGUCCCGUAUGACACCCCCCCCCCUCCCCCUGCUUUCCCAUGCAGUAAUAUUCAUUGUGCUGGUAACUGAGCUGCCAAAGCUGCUACUAGGCUACCUCCCAGAUUUAUCAUGUCAUUGCAAGGCAGGCUGUGACAUCACUAGCUGGCAUCAGCAUGCAGCCUGGCACACCACCCUGACCCCACCAUACCCAAUUCCACCUGUCCUCCGCCCCAGCUUGGCCAGGGUGAUGUUUCCACCCCAUGGCAUCAUCACCAGGCCACUUAUUGGCAGGAAGAUGUCACCAGGCCACUCCCAGUGAUGUCAUCGAACCCUAGUCACCUGGAAGAUGUCACCAGGGCAUAAUUGAGGCCUGCCCCACUGGUCCUCCUCAUCUGUCCCUCCUUCCCCCAUCCCUGGCACUGAUCUCUAUGCAACUGCCCAAGGCCCACAGAGCCGGUCCAUGGGCCCCACCACAUCUACAGGGGAGCCCCACCCCUUCCUCACCAUGGUGGGGGAUCCCCUGUCCUGCCCUAGCACCCCCAAACCAAGCCUUAACAGGCCCAGCAUGCAGCGGGCACCUUGCUCAGCCCCUACCCCCUAUAUACAUCCCCCCCCCACGGUUCACUAAGGGGCACUCUCCUGUGGGGGACACCAACCCUCCUCCAAACACCCCUUGAGGCACAGCACUGGGGGUGGGACCCAUAUGCAAAUAUCUGCUCCCCAGUGACGUGGGGGCAGUCUGUGUGCCCCCCCACUCCCAAAUGGUCUGAAAGGCCAUGUGUAUGAAUAAAGCCUGUACAGCACA